AUGGCAGCCACAACAAUCCUGAACGAUCUCCUACCUCUACCAAACUUGCCAAAAGUGCAAAUACCCCGUUUAGGCUUCGGUGUCUACCGCUCACCUCCCUCCCAGUGCGAGAAAAGUUGCCUGGCGGCCCUCAUCGCCGGCUACCGACACAUUGACACCGCACAAUUUUACGCCAAUGAGACCGAAGUUGGCAACGCCCUACGCAGCUCCGGUAUGAGGAAAGAGAUAUUUGUAACAACGAAAAUAAUCUCUCCCGCAGGGUCUCCGGAGGCAACCUAUGAAAAGCUUCUGGAGAGCGUGAAAAAGAUUGCUGGAGAAGGACAGGAUGCGUAUGUUGAUUUGUUUUUGAUUCAUAGUGCGAAAUCUGGGAAGGAAGGGAGGAAGGAGCUGUGGCAGGCACUAGAGAAGUUAUUUGAUGAAGGGAAGACGAGGAGUAUUGGUGUUAGUAAUUUUGGGGUGGGGCAUAUUGAAGAAAUGAAGGAAUAUGCGAAGGUGUGGCCGCCGCAUGUUAAUCAGAUUGAGGUGCCUUCAUCCAUGGUGCCAACAGAAGGUGAUCGAUGCUUAUUGCAAAAAGCACGGAAUCGUAGUGGAAGCGUAUUCGCCGCUCGUACGGAACUACAAGGCCACCGAGCCAACUCUCGUCGGGAUCGCGAAGAAGUACGGCAGGUCGACGGCGCAGAUAUUGAUAAGAUACGCUUGGCAGAGGGGAUGGUUCCAUUGCCCAAGAGUGACAAUCCUGAUCGGAUUCAAGCCAACGCCAAUGUUUAUGAUUUCUUCAUCACCGAUGAGGAUAUGACCGCCUUGAACGCACUGGAUCAGGGGGACGAGGGGGCGAUUGUGCAGGCUGUCAGUAAUGAGUAA